ACCACCACCACCGCCGCGAGCCAGCGUCUCUCGUGCAGUCGCAGCUCAGCUCGCCGGUUAACCAGCGUCCUCCUGCGCAAACACGCUGAUCAGCACUUUUUCUUGGACGCUCUACCGACGCACGCUCCGCAUCCCUCGAUCAUGUCGCUCGACGAGGAAUUCAACAAGGCAGCGGAGGAGGUGAAGGAGCUCGCGUCAUCACCCUCCGACGCCGACCUGCUGGAGCUGUACGCCCUCUAUAAACAGGCUACCGUGGGUGACAUCAACACAGUGCGGCCAGGUAUGCUGGACUUUAAGGGCAAGGCCAAGUGGGAUGCGUGGAACGGCAAGAAGGGCAUGGCUCAGAACGAGGCCAAGAAGCUCUAUGUCGAGAAGGCCCAGUCGCUCAUCGCCUCCAUCGGCAAGAAGGCGUGAACGUUCGACGUCUGCACCCCACCCCCUCACCCCCUCCCAUAGCAUCUAGAGUCAAGUUGCACUCGAAGCAACGCGCACAAUGUUCUCUCGAUCGACCAGACACCAUGGAAUUGCUCUCGAGUUUUCAAGUUUCUAUGUUUCUACUCCACUUUUACGGUCUUUACAUGUUACUUGCCUAUAGUUUCUAGCUCAAGUUUUUUCUUUGUUAAUUACUUUCUAAACUGUACACUGCGAAACGUCAUCGAACUUGUUGUAUUUGCAUAAUAAACGUUAUGAAA